CCUCCCCUUCCUCUUAUCCACUCUGCGCCGGCGGCUACGCCCUUUCCGUCGUGCACCGGCGGCCGCCGUGCCUCGCGCGGGAGGAUGGAGGGCGCUCACCGGGAGGAUGGAGGACGUUCGCCGGGGCGUGUGCGGCGGAGACGGCGCAGCGAGGCGAGGCAGUGGCGGUGGUUGUCCGACCGUCGUGCCUCGCGCAGGGAGGAUGGACGACGCUCGCCGGGGCGUGUGCGGCGGAGACGGCUUCUGCCGAAGCGGAGCAGGAGAGGACCCGAAGGCAAGGAGGCAGGGUGAGUACGCUGUGCACCAGCGCCGCCUUCGUCCUCCACCUCCUCCUAAAGCGUGCGCUUGCUGCGGGCACUGGCCAUGGCGCGGCGGUCCUCCGCCCUCGCGCACCCAUACUCGCACGACCACCGCGUCCUCCACAAGAUGGUAAGCGCCCCAGCCGCUCACCCGCAUUUCCUCGGCAGCAGGGCUACCCUUGCGGACCACGCGGCAGCGGUGACGCUCUUCGGGCACCCCCGCGGUCAGCUGAGCCUGGCCAUCUAUGAGGACACCCGGGCGCCACCGGCGUUCCUCGUCGAGCUGCCCAUGCUCGCGGCCGGGCUGCACAGGGGGGGUGACCACAGGACCUUGAGGCUGGCGCUGGAGAGCGACACCCGCAGCGCGCGGCGACCACUCCUGUCCAACGACGAGCGGCACGUGCUGCAGCUGCUGGGCGUCGGGGUGCUGCUGCCGCCGCCUGCUGACGGCUCCAAUUGCCCCGACGGCGUCCUACUCCCGUGUCUGCUUAGGAUUGAAGAGUGCUGAACGUGUCCUUGUCCAACACAGAUUAAUGUAAUGCCCGACCCAGAUUUGACUUGACUGCUAUAAGAGGGAAGCGUCCUGGGCCUGAAUCUCCAUCAGGUGCGUCCUUGGACCAUAGUCUCCAUCAAAUUCUGUCGAAAAUUUCACGAAGCGUCCAAUGUCACCGCCGAGUUCGCCGGAGGAACAAGAACAUCCGUCGAGUGGUCCAAUGUCGUCUGCAGCGGCUACAGGAGAGAUUUCGUGUUGAUGAGAGAGGAACAGAAUGUCAGUUGUUCAGUACUUCAUGCAAAGAUACUACUACAAUCUGCAGUACUACUUGGCGCCUGCAGUCUAGAAGUGAUUCACGGCCUGUAUAUUUGCCUACGGAGGCACUGUAUCCAUGCUCGCUGUUUACUAAAAAUUAGACAUCCGAUGCUCAUAUUUUAAUUAGACAUCGGAUGUUGAGUGUAUUCUACAAAUUGACUGUGGGCGUGCAACAUUGUUGAAGGGCAAAGGUACUCUAAGAAGCUGAAUGAUAAACAGGUCACCAACAUACUUAGAUCUUCCUUGGGUUUGUGCAGGACAUGUCUGGUUUCACAAAGUCAGUUUCACUUUCACGAAGACAGUGGAAAUGUAGAAAAAGGAAAGCACGUGGAUUUAGAAAUUUCGGUAUUGUAGAGCUCAGUUGAAAUGGAAAACGAGAUUUAUAGCAUCCAGCCAGAGUGGUGAUUCGAUUUUUGAUGAUUGGUACUUUGGUUGUGAGGUCGAUGAAGACAUGAGAUGGAUUUGGGCGGGGCAGUGGGUUUGCUCGCGAGGAGGUGGGAAGGACGAAGAUAGUGGAAGAACCUUGAGAUGAUGGUUAUAUUACUGACUCAAUCCUUCAGGUGCAUGAAUGGUAACUUGUGCAAAACUACGCUUCCCUUGUCAUUUGAUAAUUUUUAUCUUUAUGGUGCUCAAAACAUAUGUUUCAUCUAUACUUAUAGGAGUUUGUUACCUUCAUUUGGUCGAAGAAUAAGAUGUGGGUAAUAUAUGCAUUGCCGACUUAGGUUAACAUUUUUUGAACAGAAUUUCUAUAAAUUUUAUACAAGUAUUGUGUUGAAGUCCGUGAAAUAGGUUAAUGGCCAAGAGUGUUUAUAAGUUAUCAAGUCGAGCACAUAAGUCUGGAAGUAGCUAAUUUUCCUACUGAAAAGUAGAUAGAGAUUUCUGAAGACAUGAGACAUUAAUACAUAGUAUACAUAGGCGUCUUAUGAAUUCUAUGAUUCUUCAUACCUUGAGGUUGUUAAACAUCUAUGAACCUUUCAUUAGAUGAGGUACA